UCAUUUCUCAUUUGACAAUGACGCUAACGUAAAAAUAUUUCGGUUUGUUUACAUCGGUUUGAUAUUGUUAUUUUAUUGUAUUUGUGGCACGAGUUACAUUACAUACUGAUGACUACCUCAAAUCACCAAAGAGCCAUGCAUAGAAUAUCACCCGACAAUCCUGUGAGACGACGUCUCUUCCCAACCGACGAUCUAACAGAUCAAGCCAAACAUGACAACUUUGCAAACAUGCUUCAAGAAUCAGCCGCUAGAGAGAAACUAGAAAAAAUGCACAAAUGGAACUUUGACUUCGAAAAUGAAAUGCCUCUACAAGGCACUUAUGAAUGGUAUCCGUGCACCGGUUCCCGUGAUUGGAUCGGAAUUGAUUCAAGCAAGUUUGAAGCAGAUGACGUCAUCAAGGUAACUGAAGAUGUCUUUUUGCAGAUGAAGUUCGAAAACGAAUUAACACCAAAAAGCGAUAAGGACGACAAUGUUCCGCUACUUAGAAAAAGGAGGACGGAAGAUCUGGAAAAAAUGUUAGGAGACAGACGGGUUAAGCGCAAAAUUAGCUUUGAUUAGACUUAAAACGGAACAAAAAAAUAGUAAAACAAUUUGUUAAUUAACAAAAGA